GAAACGAGAAAAGUGAACUUAAAUUUUACUGGCAGAAUUUCACUAAAAUCGCUUCAUUUUACGUAAAAAUAUCAAUACUUCCAAUAGCAGUGCAAUGUGUUUCUCUGGAAGAAAAUUGGUGUAAAAAUCACGGAAGUCUUUUAAAGUGGUCCCUUUUCGAGGGCGAAUUGAGUUUUGCAGCCUCGAAGAAAAAAGUGAGAGACGUAAGAAAUCGCAAACCAUGGAUACGUCAUCAACAAAUCCGCAGGGGACGGGUCGUUCCAUAAAGCAGGAAUCCCACUCCGGAGAGCUGGGAAUCGGAGGUGAUGCGGUUGUCGACCAGAGUCCAGGGAAAACGACGGCCCUCAGUCCGCUUAAAGCGAAAUUGCUCAAUCGAGACAGCUCUACAGAGCAUGUUCAAGCCAUACCUCCUGCUGCUUCUACCGAAAGCGCUCAGUCUCCUCCGGUUUCGACAGAGACGACAAAUACAACACCGUCACUUACCGCAGCACCGAUGCCAGCGAGAGAGUGUCCGCCAAAAUCGUCCGAAGAUUCUUCCACAAGUCAGACUGGCCCCAAGGCGGGCCCCAGUCUAUUUCGGCGCAAGAAAGCAAUCCCCAGUGUUAUAGCUAAAAAGUUUAUAAAGCAGGAAAAGAAUCGACCUUCAGUGGUACCUUCUAUUGAUUCGAUCAAGCCCAAAGAUGAGAUUUUAGAGCAGAACCCACCAUCACAGCAGGACGUUACUCCCUUAAUCGGUAAACCCGAACAGCCUCAGUCGACAACUACUGAUGACGCUAAACCGGCUGUUGUAGAAAAAGUGGCAGAAGAACAAGUCAAUGAGCGUAGUUCAGAUGUAGAAGUUUGCAAGGAAGAUACAAAACCGAAUACUCCUGUUGUUUUUCGUCGAAUUAAACCUAAAGUUAGUAUCAACCUCAACCAGACCCGGCCAACAAAGUCGAUCCUAAAGAAACCUAACCCAAGUAAACCCCCAGCAGAUCUCAUACCCGUGGCAACAAUCGAUCUGCUAGAAGAUGAUGAAGACGAUACAUGCCAAGAGGAGCAAUCACGCGUUAAGCCCAAUGAAGAUAAUGGCAGUACACAUGGAGAAACAACCGCUGCUGCAGAGGAGGAGGAGAAAUCAAUGAUAGCUAGGAGAAAGCUAGAAGAGGAGAAACGCAGGUCGAUAGAGCAAGAAAUACGCAAAGUCGAAGAGAAGGAAAUUUCUGAUAAGAAUGCUGCAACCACAAACCAAGAGCCUUCGGCUUCGGCUCAAAAGUCCCAACUACAGCAUUUAAACUCUAAGAAAAAACCACAUGAACAAAAAAAGACUGAUGCUGAGCAGCAAACGCCCGGAAUUGCCAAAGUCAUUAAACCUUCCCAGAUAAAAAAGUGCAUGAAGAUUCCACCCGAAGUGUGGAAAAGGCAGUUAAAUCGCUCGAAACCAAAUCAAAAUUUAAACCCCGUUGCACCAGACAGUGAAUCAAAUACCGACAAAAAAGAUCUAGAAACAAGUUAUACGGAUGAAAAACCUAACUGUGCAUUAGUUGAAGCUUCAAAGGAGGUUGUUGGUGUUGUUAAUCCUGAACCUUUGACUAAUCCAGAAGAAUCUGCUAAAGCUGUUCUCGCGGAUAAAGAAAUGCCUGCUGCAAAUAACGGAACGAGACAAAUAAGACGGAUAUCUAAGCUACCACCGAGCUUAGCGAUGAAACUGAUGAGUAGUGUAGCUGCUGGUUCAGCUAAAAAAGAUCAUACAUCUGUGAAGCAUACUUCUAAUACUCAAGAACCGGUUGCUUGUGAGCCUACAGAGCCAAUUUCGAAAACGCUCGUGGAAAGGGAACUCCCGAAGGAACUUAAUCCUUCACCAGAAAAGGCUGUUGUGACAAAAGUUGCUGAUGAAUCGCUACAUGAAAAAGUGGAUAAGCUUACCUUGGGUGUAGAAAAUGAGCAACACGCAGUUCAAGAAAAAGAAAUUUCUGCAACAUUGGAUAGAUUAGAAAUCAAAGAAACCCCAGUGAAACCUCUGACCGAAAAUGUUAAACAACCCUGUACUAAGGAAAUACGCAAAAUAGCACGAUUGCCGCCAAAUGUUGCUUUGAAAUUGUUAGGGAAAAUUGGACAGCUUAAAAAAUGUAAAGAAGCGAUUGUAUCGGUACCUUCAAAAUCCCUUGGCAAAGAUAUUUCUGAAGAUCUAAAGCAGGCUGUUCCUAUUCCAAUUCAGGAAAUGAAGCCUGAACCCGAUGAACCUCAAACAGUAGCCCCAGAAAACGUGCCAGUGAUUAAGCCGGAUAAUGUGCAAGAACAAAAACCAACCGUUGGACAAACUAAGGAAAUUCGUCGAAUAUCAAAGCUCCCUAAAGAUGUCGCCUUCCAGUUGAUGAAAUCUUUGAAAAAAUCAAAACCCCAAUCGACCCCAACGGCAAAACUAACAGUACCACUUCCGCUUCCGGAAAUCAAACAAGAAUCCGUCGAACCCCCUAGGCAUUUGAAGCAGAAAGUAAAAAUUUUGUCUCAGGUAAUAUUGCCUACGGCAUCCUAUGAUCUGGAAAAACUUUUGGCGGGGAAAUCUUCAGAAGGCUUCACCAGUAUUCCGUCGGGCAAAAUGCCAUUACCUUUACCAAUGCCUUUCCGCAUUCAGAAGGUGGAGUCAUCGAUAGUUGCAGAAGAAGAAUCGAAGAUGGCAGUAAAGGAAUCGAUAAAAGGCGACGAAGAAAAUCGGUAUAGAAUAGUAUCGGAUUCAAUACAACGUAGCGAGGCAACAGAAGAGGUGACUUAUGCACAGGAACAUCCACAGUCUCAAACAGUUGAAUUGGAGUGUAACGAUAAAAGUCUGGAUAACGAAUCAAUUCAUGAUAAUGCGGUGAACAAAGAUGACCAUUUUGAUUCCGACCCUAAAGUUCCAACAAUACAGGAUGAAAAACCGGUGAUGAUAAAUGAAGAUAAAAUACAAUUAGCAGAUAAGGAAACAGUGCAAUAUGCUGAAAACUCCCGAGAAGACACGAUAGCAAAUUCAAUAGGCUUUAAUAAUAUUACACAAGAGAUGACUAGUAAGAAUGAAGCACUGCAGCGUGAUCCUGUGGUAGAGGUAUGCAAUGAUGUUGAAAAGGUUCAUGAGCCCAGUUAUGAGCAUGCGGUAGAAAAAAGUCAAAAUGCUCCUGUAGAACAGGUACAGCAACAGACUCCGCCUAAAGAGCGUAACAUACAGUCAAAUCAAAAUCGUGAAAUUCCUUCCAGUUUCCCAAGUCGGAAUGAUGACCGUACUCCAAUUGACCGUGUUAGUAUACAGAUUACUGAAAAUCCAGUAGAAGUGAAUCGAUGUACAGAAAAUAGUCCUGUGGAACAAACUCAAGUGACUCAAGCACCACAAGUAUUAAUGGUUCCUUCUUCUAGUACAGCUGAAAAUCUCAUGCCGUCAAAUACAGUCUCGUACCAUCCAAUCUACUCAGCCGGACAAAUUCAUCCAUUCACUAUACUAGCUCGCUCUUCAAGUAACCGUACUGCUGAAGCCCUUGCAAAAGAUUCAAUAGCUCUUCCACCUCAUUGGUUGUUAGUGAAAACUACUUCGCCCCAAAAGAAUAAAUCAACGGCUCUACAAUUGCAACGCAUGGAACAUCCAAGGCAAUCCCUACAACCACAUCAACAAUCUACGUACAAUCCACAGCUACAGUCUUACAAGCCACAACUACAACAGCGUAUUUCGCAACAUCCAAGACUAAACCCUCCUCAAACUGUACAGCAUAUUGCUGAACAACCAGUUCGUCAACAGUUUCAUACUUCACAGACCAGCCCUCGUACAGCUCAGGGUUUACGGUUGCAAAUCUAUCCGCAUGAACUGAAAGUUCCCAGAUAUGUUCAGCCUCACCCCCAAGUUCAGCCGUCAUUGGACCAGUUUCAGCAGCAUCCAGGACACCAGUUACAGCCACAAAAUACUCAGCAGAUACCUUCACAUCUCACUCAACCGUACAUUGAACAGAAUCAACGUAACAAUCCAUUUCCUCAACAAAGAAAUAAUCAACACCUGAAACAUCUACCAAGCAGCUCGUUAGAAAUGUAUAGACCACAACAUGUGCCUCAUCAAACUCAACCGAUUCCUGGUUUUCAAACAAUACGUCAUCCACAAGCAGUAAACAAUCUCGUACAUCAUUCAUCAGAUCGAUUAGAACUUCACCGAUCAGCGCAACACAACGAACAUCAAUUCACCAUAAGUCAGUCACAACAAAUUCCUGUCUACCAAUCAAAACCACCUCGUGAUAUCAUACAUGUGUCUGUUCAACAGAAUCAGAACCUUCAGUCCCGUGACAAGUUUCCGCUUCCUCCAUACGAGCAUGUGCGAUUUUCUGCACUCGAGCAACAGCGAAUCUCUGCACACGAACAACAGCUUGCUUCCAACCAACAUAGGCAAUAUCAACCUCCACCACAAAUCGCUCGACCAACACCUCAGAAACCUCAUCUGGCAACUAUCACAGCACAAACGGCACGUUACGCUCAGCCCCCCCAGAGUCGACAUCACCUCAUGGUUCCCCAAACUUAUUACCCCCAACGACCCGCAUCUUCCCAAGUUGGCAAUCAUACGGCUCAGAUAGUAAACAAGUCUAGUAGUAACAUUCAAGACGUCCACAUAGCUCGAACAAUGCACCAAUCCAAAAGGGAUGCUGCUCCCCAUUUUACACUGCGGACCAACAAAGAACGAGCCUUCCAGCCUGUAGAUCCUGUGCCAACUACUCCGAGUAUUGCACAGCAAGCACAACUGCCAGUGCCUUCUAUUCGCGCAAUUCCGAAAAUUGUGAUUGACAGUAGUCUAGUAGAAAAUGAUCCUCCGAAGGUAUCUGUCGAUUCUUCUUUCAAUACACCAGAUGAUGGUCCCGAUGAUUUGAUGAAUGAUCUAAAAGACUUUUCACCAUGCUCCCAAAUGAUAAAAAAUAAACUACGGGAAAAAGUGCAAGAGAGAAUGCUAAAGAAAAAAUAUUCCAUUAGCAAUCAAACUGCGAAACAGCCUUCUAAGGAACCAACCGCUCUAGGGUCAAACUAUCCCAAUCCGCAAAUGGUAAAGCCAGAGUUCCCCGUUCAAGCGUCUUCUAACGCAAAUGAUGGAGUUGUGUAUCACGUUGCAGGGUUCAAAUCGCAAACAAAUCAUUUGCCCCCACAGGCAAACAAGAGCACAAAAGACCAAGCCUUACGACAGUACUCGUACGGUCAACAAAAGAUCUACCUUACCAAAAUAAGCGUGAUUAAGCCCAUCAAGGUCGAGGAACAACAAUCCAGCGAUAAUCUGCCACGAGCUGGCGUAUAUCAAAGACAGCAAAAUUUUUUCCACGGAUACCCGCAAUCAGCUCUCAAAACCGAACACCGAGAUUUACAACGGUUCCGGCGUGCGGUAGAACAACUGGAAAAAACAUCAACUGCUUCGAGUGAUGAGCAUCCCGUAACCAGCCAAAAACACCGACAAAAGUUCAAACGGCGACGCAGUGUAGUUACAUCGGGACCGGAAAUGUUCAUAAUAACGGAACUACCGGAAGAGCCAACAGCAGGCCCCUCUGGAAGUGAGGCAGCCCCCGCUUGUAUUCAGCAGACGGACACACUAAUGGUUGAAGCAUCUGAGGCACCUGUAAAAAAGGAAGAUAAAGUCGUUUCCCGCAUUAGCAUACGAAGAAAUACAUUUGUGCUGGAUGAUUCAGACUGUGAAAUAAAGCCAGAUGAAUUGCCACAUGUUGAUGAAAGGCUAGACACCGAAUUCACAGAGAGUUGUUCCGAAAAUGAAUCGAAAAUCUCGGUUAAAAAGGAACAUUCUUCUAACUUUAGCAAUACACUGUUAGCGUCGGUAAAAGAUGAAUCUCUAGAGGAUUCAGAUGAGCUUUCAGAUGAAGAUCUGGCCCGACAGAUUUUAAAAUUGGUACAAAAGGAAAAGCAUAGUCUGAAACCUGUUAAGAGAAAGAAAAAACUAAAAAAGCGUCGAAAACGGAAAAAGCCAUCACCUAAACGGGAUGAUAAAGAUCAGCUGCUGGAUUUACUUAUGAAACACGUAAAUAAAGAUGCCUUGAUAGAAGAUAUAGUUGCUUCGCAGCGCCGUGAGCUAAGCAUUAUUGAACUAUCUGAUUCAGAGGAACAAAAUGUAUCUGUUAAGUUAGAACAGAAACCCAGAGUACACCAUGAAAAAUCUAAUUGGAAAACUGUCAAACCUCUCAAUCUGGAUGACGAUUCGAUUGAGGAAUUUGAUCUCGAUGACGAGGAUGAAAACGAUAUCUUUGCAGAAAUUCUCAAACCAUUCACCAAGGCUGCAGAAAGUUCCGAUAUGAGACAACCUGCGGUUUCUGAUACUGUCGAUAAUUCUUCCGAUAAAACGGUCAACACAGCAGUAAAUGUUUUCGAAUUCAAAGAAACAGCAGAAAAGCAAGUAAUUGAUGAUUCCAAGGAACUCAACAGUGAAGAUAAUAAUUUUCACGAGACAGUCAGAACGGUUGAACAUACUGCUGUAUUUGGUAAAACUCCACAAAAUAAAGUUAUUGCUUUGUCAGGAAAUAAAGAAACUACGCUUAACGAAUCUCAAAAAGCCAUCGAUGAUGAGGCUCCAUCUGAGAUUCCUAAUGAGGUUGUUAACGUUAACCCUUUUGAUGUUCAGAUCUGUGAUAAAAAUCCCUACCAGAUGGAUGUAGAGGCUAUAAAGAAGGAUUCCGCUGAUGCUCCAAGAGCAGUGAAACGUAAUGCUAAACCUACUCUAGUUGCUCGUAAGAAAUUUGGCCGAGCCAACGAAAAACCAAUCUGCGAAAGGCAAAUCGUUUCGAUGAAUGUAGAUUGCACAAUUAUGUCUGGUGUAGACGAUCUAAAAGACGAGAUUGAUUCUGCGCCUACAGAGUUGAUUCUGGGUGAAUCAGUCCAGCUUAGUCAAGUUGAAAAAGGGGCGAAUUCGUAUCGUGAUGAAUAUCCUGAUGCUGUAGCGGAUAUCAGUGAGCAGACUGGCCAAACUAAUAACUGCGAAAAUCAAAUCGUUCCGAUGAAAGUGGAAUGUACUUCUAUGCUGGACGUAGAAGCUCCGAUAGGGGAUAUUGCUCCUGCAACGAUGGAUAAACCAAUCCAGCUUGAGCAAACUGAAAAGGAGGACUCGAGUAAGGAGACAAAGAUAAAAGAAAGUGUACAUGCUCCAAAAGCCAGGAAACGUAACUCUAGGCCGACUCUUGUUGUUCGUAAAAAGGUUUCCAAAGCCAAGAAACCGGUCUGCAAAAAACAACUUGUUUCCAAAACAGUCGAUUAUACUUUAACUCCCCAUGUAGAUUCUCAAAAAGAUCAUGUAUCUUCUGUACCAACAGAAUUCAUUAAGUAUAAACCAGUCCAGCCUAACGAACCCGACGUAGAGGACUCGAGUGAUCCUUUUUCGGAUCGUGAUGAAAAUCCUACACCAGGUGAUGAAACAGAAAGCAGUACGAUGAACGCUGUUCAACAAACUGUGCGUAAAAUCGUAGAAGAUUGGGAUUCUGAUGAAAAUUCUCAAAACCAUUCAACUCCCUUGGUAGAAAAGCCUUGCAGAAUUUUAAAAAGAGACGUAGCUCAAAGUAGUUUGCCUGAUGAUUCCACUGAAUUGCACAAGAUUGAUCGAAAGAAAGUAGAUCAAGUCGAGUCCCACAUUUUCAAUCCUUUGGCUGAAAAUACCGAACCUUCACUAACAAAUGUAACAGACCGUGAAUCAGAUCUCGUUGUACCACGUGUAACGGUUAGAAAAGAAGAUUUCGCCGAACAUGAUCCAAAAACUGUAGGCGAUUGCGAUGUUUGUCAAGAUACCACUGGUUCAGUGUCAUUGGAAACGAAAGGUUCAGAAAAGUUUGUUGAUAGUAUCCUUAGAGAUUGGGAUUCUCCUAGAAAAAUUGUACCAGCAACAAAUGAAAGCAAAGUUUCUGGCGCUGUUGUACAAACCAUAGAUAUUCCGAUGAGCAAUACACCAACACCAGAAACCAUUAAGAGUUCUAUGAGCGUACGUAUUCUGCUUGAGCGUGUGAAGUUAAAGGACUAUGAACCCACAAAGCAAAAAUCUAAUAAAAAAUCUGUCAGCUUCAUGGAUACAUCACCGGGCAAGGCCGCCAAUGAUUCAGUUGAAGAUAAAAUCGUUAAUCGUAGCCUUCGCUCGAAGAACUCUUGUUUAGGAUCCUCAAAUGAAAUCAUUCCGCAAAGUUGUGGAAAAACACUCGAGUCAUCUGAUUUGCUCGAUGCCGAGAGUAAGCCAACUCCCAUUAAAAAAAGGCUCAGAAGCUCUGGUGCUCCUUUGGCGGAACAACAGACACUUCCUACGGUAAGCAAUGCUAAAAGAACAAGGCGGGAUCGAUCGAAAUCUAUUGGUCUCGAAGAACCGAAAGCAGUUCAGGAAGUUACUAAGGAAGCGCAACAAUCAACUGGUAGGGUGUUGAGAAAUCGAACAAAAUCGGUUUACGCAGAAAUGUCUCCACUACAGCGGGAAAAUGUUCCAGCCAUAACAUGCGACGAUGUAGAAACUAAAAUGCAGGAAACCAAGCCGCCAGAAGGAAUCCGAGGUAGCAGCGAUAAGGUAGAGCAAGCAGGAGUAGUAGCUGACGAUGCUCGAACGAAUGUGUCAGAACCUGUAGUUAAACCUUCUCCUUCUCAAAUAAUUUACAAUCGUAUUCCUAUUCCAAUUUCGUCGGAUAGUGAUGACGAUGCCCCACUAGCUAAGCGUCGUAAAAAACUGCGCAAACGAAGAUCUACAGCACGCUCGUGCGCUGUGAGAAAUCUCGACGUCAACCGUCGUUUGUUCCGAAAUGACUCUCAAAGUAAAUCCACAUCAUUCACAGGUGAAAUCGGAUUUGUGCAACCGCUCUGUGAUUUCAUCAAAACGGAACCAGCUGACACGGAAGAGGCUUAUUCCGGCUACUCGUCUAACCAUUUGAGUACAUCCCUUGUUCUAUUACACGAUUCUCUAGCAGACUCAGAUUAUAGUUGCUCAGAAGAAGUCUUGUCGAGAGCGCAUAAUGAAUCGGUUUCUGUGGCUCCAACAUUGGAGUCGGAACAUGUUUUCGCUACACCAGAACCGAUCAGUAAACAACGAAAACGGAGAACGAAGGAGCAGAUAGAGCAGGAUAAAAUGUCGAAGAAACCUCGAAAAACAGAACCAUUAACACCGAAAGGGGAAAAAGUUACUGUCAACCCUGCAGACAAUGAUGUGGUCACGUGUGCCAGCUGUUUCAAGGUUCUCCCGCAGAAAGAAUGGAAUGACCAUUAUUUUUUACACAAUGGAUUGACCUAUCGGAAGGGUAUUGAUGCACCAGUUGAUCUAGACGAUACAAACACUGCUUGCAGUAUAAUGAUCAAGUUCAUGAAAGCCUUCAAGCUCCAUGCGGUGACUUGUGAUAGGUGUGGUGUUUCCAAAAAAUCGGCCAUGGGUCUGAUCUCUCAUCGGGCUACUUGCGGGCUAUCGGCUGAAGAGGCCCUGAAAAGUAAGGUUUCAUGUCAGCAUUGCAAUCGAAGAUUACUGCCGGUGAGUAUGGCGACACAUCUUUUGUCACAUUGUCCUGUGCUUAAACAACAGCAAAAGAAGGGGCAGGAGGAAAAUGAAGCAGAAGACGAUCCUUACGGCGAAGAUUUCGAGGUGCUGAAUCAGAGCGGUCGGGUGAAAAGGAAGGCCACUGCCAAAGCCGAACAACGUAUUUCAAAGCUCUCCUGUGACGAUUUGAUAAGGCCAAUAACUAAACAAACAGUGACCCCUGGUUGUCUGUCGCAAUGGAAGGCGCAAAUGCGCAAAGCCAAGUCUGCAAAAUGUGUAUUUACAACUUGCGAUUUCGUUGGAUGUAACGAAGCAGAAAUGAGGCUACAUCAUGAGUUUUGUCCGUCCAAUAGCGAAAAGUUUGAGUGCAAGCAGUGUUUCUAUCAGGCAUCUCCAGUAGAUGUACUCGUUCGUCAUAUAAAACGGAAGCAUGGUGAUCUGCUUGUGAAUCCUUUCGAAUGCAGCGGUUCGGAAGCAAAUAUCGAUUCAGAAUCUUCGGAUGACGACAAUUCACCACUUUGGAGUUCGCACGGUGAAACGACCGAUGGAGAAAGGGUUAAAACGCCUAAACCACGGAAGUCGAUCUCGAAGGCUAGUCCAAAAUCUACGGCGGUUGCGAAGGACUUCGCUCAGGAAGAGAGCGAUGUUUACCGAGAAAUGGUGGCCGAAGAGAUUUUAGAGAUGCGAUCGCUUAGGGGCGGUUUUUACGCGCAAGCACUGAUAUGGACCAAGGAAUUCCGAAAAAGACACUAUUCUCCGACAAUGUUGUUCAAAAACUUCCAACCUGAUAUCGAUAUGGGAUUUUUGUCGAAAACGCUUGUGACAGAUUACAUUCCCAAGAGCGCCAGAUCAAUGAGGUUUAUAAUCCGGAGCACGAAUCUCUACAAUGCACCACUUCAGGUGCAUGAAUAUGCGGACAAAUGGCAACAGAUCGACACAUUCAAGGGCAUUGCCCGAGAAUCAGAUUCAAUAUUAUAUUGUGGUGGACCAGUGGUGGCAAUGGAUUGGCUCCCUAUUGAAGACGAACGGCAGGAGCAUGAAGUACUGGCUGUUGCGUGUAAAAGCGAGUUCAAUGAGUUUUAUCUGGCCGAUCGAAUUUUCCCUUCAAAGUGUAUCAUCCAGCUUUGGGACAUAGGAUAUCUCAAUAAUCGGACUCUGAAAAAGUCAUCUAAUUCGGAACCCAUGUUGAUGUACUCCAUAGCAUGCGACUUUGGUCCAAUCUGGUCGUUAAAGUUCUGCCCUAGUGGAUGUUACAAUUCAGAAGAAGAUGAGAAAGAUUACGAUCGAUUGGGAUUACUGGCCGCUGCAUGUUCGGAUGGUGAUAUUCGAAUCUUUUCACUGGCCCCCAGUUACGAGGUGACCAAUCGUUAUCGUAUUGUAAAUCUCAAACCGAUGCUGAUUCUGACAUUGAACAUGUCCAAAAAUCCAACAAGUAAUCAGUACGAAGGGCACAGUGCGGUUAAAUUGGUAUGGAGCAAAGGAAAAGGUCAUUCCGUUGUUGCUGCUGGUUUUUCUAACGGGGCCAUCGGUGUUUGGGAUCUCAACACGAAAUCAUCCCUUCUGCUUGGUUCAAAGCAUAGUUCACCGGCUUUGCUUCCGUUUCGACGUAUAUAUCUGCCAGAUUCUUGCAUAACAGCUCUGGAUCUACACUACGCAGAAAACACUCGAUACUUGCUGGCGUGUAAUGCUGAUAGAAAACUAGCCGUAUAUGAUCUGCACACAGAAUACAGUCCACAGGAGGUUUGCACGAUGAUUGCCAAAAGCAAAGUCACUUCAGCGUCAUGGAGUAUUCACUUUCCGGUGAUUUCGAUGGUGUUCGACGACGUAUUCGCUAUUGAUCGAUGCGCUUUGACACUCCACCAAACUCGAGAAAUCGGAAUCCGACUGCACCCGUUGUACACAUUUGGGGCAGAAGCGACUUCCAUGAGUGAAAAUGAUUGGAUUUCUACUCAUCUGGUCGCAACUGACGGUGGAGAUGUCUUAUGCCAUAGGCCUUUAGGAUAUAUCUACCAGUUGACGCAUAAGAACUAUCAAGUACACAAAUAUAUUCUGUCGUCUACGAUUUCCGCGAAAAUAACUGAUGAACCAACGGACACUUCUUAUGCUGGUUUCUCCAGCAAUUUUGGAUUGGUUUUCACAGACAACGAUAAGAGCAACGCAAAAAUGGACAUUCAAUCGCUACAGGUCAAAUCGCAUCGACGCGCAAUUUUCCACGAGUAUCCUGGCAUUCGGAUCAAUCAGGUCUGCUGGAAUCCGAAUCGAAAGGCACAUCUGAACUACGCUAUCGGCUACCAGACUGGGUUUGUGCGAGUGCGCACCUUUAAGUUGAAAUCUGAGGGUGGUCCUAUAUAAAAACGACUUGAAACAUCAUUUGUACGAGACUGAUUACCUUUCUACAUAGGAUUAAGCAUCUUCGUGCUUUGUGGUAUUCCUGAAUGAAAGAUAUAAUAAUAGUGGUUAGGAAGUGUUGAUUCCUUAUUGUUUUAUUGCAGUAACUUAUUUUUAUUAAGUUCAAUUAUUUUAUUAAUUUGAUGCGAUUCAUGGAUCAAAAGCUAAAGAAUUUCAUUUAAAUCAGAAAUUGAUUAAAAGAAAAAGAUAUAAAACGAAUUUUUUAUUUUACUAAACGCACGAAUACUAAAGCAUUUGCAUAUUUAUUCAAUUGUAAGUAUUUGAAAGCCAAAAUAAAAUAGCUACAUUAUAUGUUGUAAUUUUAUGUGAAUAAAAUAUAUUGCGAUUUUCCUGGAAAUAGAA